UUAAUCGCGGUACCUUUCGUAGGCUACUUAAUAGAUUAUUUUAUAUUCCGGCGUACGUCGUUUAUUAUUACCCUUUUAGUACUAAGUACUUCUAUCGUACUUCUUUAUAUCGGUUCGUCUAUUACUAUAUUUAUACUAGGACGAACCUCUAGAAUUAUCCUCGUAAUUAAGAUAGUAGGGAAGGAUAAAGUAGGAAGAACUAUAGGUAUUUAUAGUCUCGGGCUAAACCUCGCUAUACUCCUCGCGCCUCUAAUAGAAGGAUUAAUAUUCGAAUAUAGUAGCUAUUACUUAGUAUUUACGAUAGCUUUCUACUUUAUCUCCCUAGAUAUAGUAUAG